CCUACCUCAAGACCACAAGGCAGCCAACAAGAACCUGUGAAGUUCCAUCUCGUUGUGAAUAAAUAUCAUCUCGUCACUGCUUCGUCGGAUUCUACUCCCAAAAGUCUAUCGUCUCCAGCACCCAGCUUCGUCAAUUCUCCGCGCUUUUACGCUACUUUCAGUGGUCUACGCCGACCGAGCGAUCAUAGUCGUCCUUCCGUUAUCGCCCAUAAUCGACAAGAUGCGAUUCCUAACGAUCGCCGCCGCCGCCCUUGCCGUCGCGCAAGGCGUCUUUGCUGUUGAUAUCCAAAAGGACAUUAUCAUGAGCUUUCCUCAAUCGACGCCUGAUAAUAUCGUCAACAAGGCGAUGGAGGAGAUUCGUAACGCAGGCGGUACCAUAACCCAUGAGUAUAAGUUGCUGAAGGGCUUCGCCGCGAAGGCGCCACAGAAGAUCCUUGAGACGGUCACCGCAUGGAGUAGUGAAUAUAAUGCAGUGAUUGAGGAGGAUCAAGUGAUGAAGAUUUCCGUCCCCGGCACGAACUAGAUCAACCUGCGCUUCAACACUUGGCACACAUGAUUACGAGAUAAUGAUCCCUGGCUCAGUGCCUCUCGAUACCCUCCUUAUGCGAUCGCAACAUGUUUGCCAAAUUCCGGAAAGAGAUGAUCGACCAGUCGACUGAUUUCGCAAUAGACGGUGCUGGAUUUCGUGGCCUGGCUUUAUAGAAUUGACUACCUUCCUACCUGAUGAUUGUGUAGGCUGGAUGUGUUUAUAGUAUUGUAUUGCGUAUAUGGAAUAUCACAGAUUGCAACUGACUAUUGUACGGCUCGCGAGUCUUCGUGUUAGCAUCUACUGCGCGCUGCAGUGGGUCUAUAGGUAACUUUGUCUACACUCACUGCUCUAAGAAAGAGUUGAUCCAAUCGAUCGGUGUUAUCUAAAUAACGCGCGGGCGUUUUACUUUCGAUGUAUUCUUCAACAACUGGUGAAGUAUAUCCCAAACCAAGCAAGCUACCGGAUGAUUGAGCGAAUAAACAAGCCUCGUACUUAUCUAUCCCAGCUUGACUAUGUACCUAGGUAGGCAGGCAAGGAAAUGAAAUGCUAACAUUUUCCCAAUAUGUGUACUGCUAGCUGGGUUGUACACACACACUAAGUGGC